AUGUCUGUUGAAAUAGAGCCCGCCGAGCUCGGCUUCCAGCGCCCAUUCACCAAGGAAGUCAGCGAGACGCUGUACUUGCGGAAUCCUAACAGCGAUCCGGUUGCUUUCAAAGUACGUCCCAUACUCCCCCGGACAAGCUAUUUGUUGUAUGUUUACUCACCAAAACCCACCCGGGAAUACCAGGUUAAAACCACCGCUCCGAAACACUACUGCGUUCGCCCAAACUCCGGCCGCAUUGAGCCGGGGAAACAGGUUGAAGUCCAGGUCCUCCUCCAAGCGAUGAAAGAAGAACCUCCACUUGACGCCAAGUGCCGCGAUAAGUUCCUUGUUCAGUCCGUUGCUGUCUCCGCCGAUAAGGAGUUCUCGAACGUGGCCUCUAUUUGGCAGGACGUUGAAAAGAAGUCCAAGUCUCUGAUCCAGGAACGGAAAAUUCGAGUCAACUUCCUCCCAAGCGAGAGCUCUCACACGAACGGAGUUGAGCAUGACGCUGAACCCCCGUCACACCCCUCUCCCCAGCCUCCUCAGUUCACCACCCCUAUUGUCCACCGGACCCACGCUCCCACAACCACUGGCAGCAGGACACCACCGAGAUCUGAGGAUCUGAAGCAAGAGAGCGCAUCUGAAACCUCGCCCGAGACCGGCAGCAACACGUUCAGCGCUGCCAAUAUGUCCUCCCGCACCGAGCCCUCUCAAACUUCAGAUGACCUCGUCUCCUCCCAACUAGCGGAAGCGAGAUUGCAAAUCGAACAGCUGCAACGACAGAUAGCAGAUAACGAACUGCGACAGCGAAAGAAGCCUGCUGAAGGAGGAGAGUCGGCCAGCGGUCAAUCAUCCCUCAAGCAGGCACACCCUCCUGCUCAGCUUGCUGCGGCGGGAGGAGUACCAUUACAGGCUGUGGCAGCCUUAUGUCUGCUUAGUUUCCUGUUGGCGUAUAUCUUCUUCUAG